AUGACGCCCUAUGGCCUUUUCAUGGAACAUGAUGUGGUUGGAGAAGAGCAGUGUCAGCUGUACCUUACGGAUGUCGAACUCAAACGGCUGAAAGAUGCCUUCAAGAGGACCUGCGGGCUUUCGUGUUACAUGAGUCAGCUCUGCUUCAUCAGGGAUGUGCUCGGAGAUGGAGUCCCUCCGAAGGUUGCAGAGCUCAUCUACUGCUCGUUUGGCGGCACCUCGAAGGGACUCCAUUUCAACAACCUGAUUGUGGGCUUAGUGCUCCUGACCCGGGGGCGAGAUGAAGAGAAGGCGAAAUACAUUUUCAGCUUGUUCUCGAACGAAUCCGGCAGCUAUGUCCUCCGCGAAGAGAUGGAGAGGAUGCUUCUGGUGGUCGACGGGAAAGUUCCAGAGUCCCUUAAGAAAUGCUUUGUGGAGGGUGAAAAGGUGAACUACGAGAAGUUCCGGAACUGGCUGUUGCAGAACAAAGAGGCCUUCACAUUUUCCCGCUGGCUGCUGUCCGGCGGGGUGUAUGUGACCCUCACGGAUGACAGCGACACGCCCACCUUCUAUCAAACGUUGGCCGGAGUCACACAUUUGGAAGAAUCAGAUAUCAUUGAUCUCGAGAAACGGUAUUGGCUUCUGAAAGCUCAGUCACGGACGGGGCGUUUUGACUUGGAAACCUUUGGCCCUUUGGUUUCUCCUCCCAUUCACCCGUCACUGGGCGAAGGUCUUUUCAACGCUUUUGACGAAAACCGCGACAAUCACAUAGACUUCAAAGAAAUCUCCUGUGGCCUUUCGGCGUGCUGCAGAGGACCCUUGGCUGAGAGACAAAAAUUUUGCUUCAAGGUUUUCGACAUUGACCGGGACGGUGUUUUGUCCCGCGGAGAACUCGAAGAGAUGAUGAUCGCCCUUCUAGAAGUUUGGAAAGAUAAUCGGACUGAUGACAUUCCUGAGUUGCACACGAACCCCCCCGACAUCGUAGAAGAUGUUCUGAAGGCACAUGACACCACCAAGCUCGGCCAUCUUACUCUGGAGGAUUACCAGAUCUGGAGCGUGAAGAGUGCUCUCGCCAACGAAUUCCUGAAUCUCCUUUUCCAGGUCUGCCACAUAGUCUUAGGUUUAAGACCCGCGACUCCGGAAGAGGAAGGACAGAUUAUCAGGGGCUGGCUAGAACGAGAAAGUAGGUACGGCCUUCAGCCCGGGCACAACUGGUUCCUGGUUGCGAUGCCGUGGUGGCAGCAGUGGAAAGAAUACGUGAAAUAUGAUGCUAGCCCUGUUGUGAUCGAGCCCUCAUCCGUCUUACACGGAGGUAAGAGUCCACUCCUGGGUCCCGCUGCCUGUACGUCAGAGCAGGGAGAAGAGAGAGCAGAAAAGUGUUCAGAUAACAUUUCCAGCGCAUCUGAAGCCUCAGAGACCACUAGCAGCAAUUUCCCUUACGCAACCACUCCCAGCACCGAAAUGUCUUUCGCUCGGCAGCUGAACUCUUCCGAUAACAACAAUCAGUGUUUCCUAGGGUCUAACGGGAAUAUAUUGCUGCAGCUCAAUCCGCAGCGGCCGGGAGCCAUCGAUAACCAGCCGCUCGUGACGCAGGAGCCCGUGAAGGCUCCAACGUUGACUCUGGAAGGCGGACGACUGAAACAGUCCCCCCAGUUAAUUCAAGGGAGGGAUUAUGAAAUUGUCCCUGAACCAGUGUGGAGGGCUCUUUACCACUGGUACGGUGCAAACUUGUCCUUACCAAGACCGGUGAUCCGGAAUAAGGCGACCCGCCUGCCCGAACUGGAGCUGUUCCCCCGCUACCUGCUCUUCCUCCGCCAACAGCCGGCCGCCCGGACGCAGCAGUCGAACAUCUGGGUCAACAUGGGUAUGAUGAGCCUGAGGAUGUUUCCUCACCAUUUGCCGAGAGGGAAUGUCCCCUCGCCCAGCGCCCCCUUAAAGAGGGUCUUGGCCUACACCGGCUGCUUCAGUCGCAUGCAGACCAUCCAGGAGAUCCAUGAGUACCUGUCACAGAGGCUACGGAUCAAAGAAGAGGACAUGCGCUUGUGGCUGUACAACAGUGAGAACUACCUGACACUUCUGGAUGACGAGGAUCACACGCUGGAGUACCUGAACAUCCAAGAUGAGCAGCACUUAAUAAUAGAAGUUCGUAACAAAGACAUGAGCUGGCCGGAGGAGAUGUCUUUCAUCGCAAACAGCAGUAAAAUAGACCGGCACAAGGUUCCUACCGAAAAGGGGGCCACCGGCCUGAGUAAUCUGGGCAACACCUGCUUCAUGAAUUCUAGCAUCCAGUGUGUCAGUAACACCCAGCCCCUCACCGAGUAUUUCAUUUCAGGCAGGCACUUGUACGAGCUCAACAGGACUAAUCCCAUCGGGAUGAAAGGGCACAUGGCCAAAUGCUACGGGGAUUUGAUUCAAGAGCUGUGGAGCGGGACUCAGAAGAACGUCGCACCUUUAAAGCUGCGGUGGACGAUCGCGAAGUACGCCCCCAGGUUCAACGGCUUCCAGCAGCAGGAUUCCCAAGAACUCUUGGCGUUUCUUCUGGACGGCCUCCACGAAGAUUUGAACCGAGUCCACGAUAAACCCUACGUGGAGCUGAAAGACAGUGACGGCCGGCCAGACUGGGAGGUGGCGGCGGAGGCCUCGCAAAAUCAUCUGAGAAGAAACCGCUCCAUUGUGGUGGACUUAUUCCAUGGGCAGCUGAGGUCUCAAGUCAAAUGCAAGACCUGUGGCCAUAUCAGCGUGCGCUUUGACCCUUUUAAUUUUUUAUCUCUGCCCCUCCCGAUGGACAGCUACAUGCAUAUAGAAAUUAUAGUUACUAAGUUGGAUGGGAGUACCCCGGUCCGAUACGGCUUGAGGCUGAAUAUGGACGAGAAAUACACAGGCUUGAAAAAACAUCUCAGCGAACUCUGUGGGCUAAAACCGGAGCAGAUUCUGCUGGCGGAAGUACACAGCUCCAACAUAAAGAACUUUCCUCAGGACAACCAGAAGGUUCGGCACUCUACAAGUGCCUCCUUGUGCGCGUUCGAGAUCCCCAUUCCUGGGUCUCCCACGUCGGCCUCUUCAAGUCCUGUGCAAACAGACCUCAGCAAUGGGCCAUCGGCCAACGGGAUGGUCAGCGUGCUGAUGAACGGCGAUCUUCCCCGCUCCACCCUGAUCCCGAACGGGAUGCCGAACACGGUGGUGCCGUGCAGACCGGAAAACGGCUUUCCUGGCUCCUUCGCGAACGGCCACGUCACCUCGCCGUCUUCCGACAGCCCCUUCACCGGUUACAUCAUUGCGGUCCACCGGAAAAUGAUGCGGACGGAAAUGUAUUUCCUUUCGUCUCAAAAGAAUCGGCCGAGCCUCUUCGGCAUGCCUCUGAUUGUCCCGUGCACGGUUCGCACGCGGAAAAAAGACUUGUACGACGCGGUGUGGAUCCAGGUCUCCCGCCUUGCGAGUCCUCUCCCUCCUCAGGAAGCCAGUAACCACGCUCAGGACUGCGAUGACAGCAUGGGCUACCAGUACCCCUUCACCCUGCGGGUCGUUCAGAAGGACGGCAACUCUUGCGCGUGGUGCCCGUGGUAUAGGUUUUGCCACGGAUGCAAAAUCGACUGCACGGAAGAGAGGGCGCACAUGGGCAACGCUAACCUGGCCGUCGACUGGGACCCCACGGCGCUUCACCUCCGCUACCAGACGUCACAGGAACGGAUAGCGGAAGAGCACAAGAGCGUGGAGCAAAGCCGGCGGGCUCAGGCAGAGCCCAUCAACCUGGACAGCUGCCUGCGGGCCUUCACCGGCGAGGAGGAGCUCGGGGAGGACGAGAUGUACUACUGCUCCAAAUGCAAGGCUCACUGCCUGGCCACCAAGAAACUGGACCUGUGGAGGCUUCCCCCUAUCCUGAUCAUCCACUUGAAACGCUUCCAGUUCGUCAACGGGCGCUGGAUAAAAUCCCAGAAAAUUGUCAAGUUUCCCCGAGAGAAUUUUGACCCGAGUGCCUUCCUCAUGCCGCGAGAUCCGAACUGCUGGCCCCAGAAGUCUGUGGCCCUCCAAGUGGACGACCUUUCUGAGCCACAGGGCUUCCUGGAGGAGUGCCGGAGGACAGAGGCACCGAACCCUGCGAUGGCUGGGGAGGGGGACGCCCUGGUCCGAAGCCCCUCCUCGCUCAAUGCUUCGAGCCUUCUGAAUAAUAGCAAAGCGUCUCCGUCGUCCGGGCGGAGGUUCGCCUCCGGCGGCCCGCCUAACAAAAGCAUUAAUUCAUCUGGAAGCCCGAGGACUUUGGGCCGAAGUGUGGGGCGGCUCCGGCUGCCUCAGCUGAGUAAAAACAAACUUUCCAGCAGCAAAGAGAACUUGGACGUCGGCCGCGAGAACGGUACAGACCCGGACGCGAAGGUUCUGCCUGACCCAGGAGACUCCUUAAGCCACAGUCAUGGCUUGGGGGGCAGCCAGGGGGAGUUGUGUGCCCCCCAGGACAGCCAGGGGACUUUGGCCAACGGCUACCUUUGCGAGCAGAACGCCCACAGCAACGGCAGCCUCGACGGCCAGCUGGAGAUGCGCGGGGAGGAGGAGGUGAUGGACGACCAAAGAGGCGAGAUCUGCGUCAACCCCAUCUACAACCUAUAUGCAAUUUCGUGCCAUUCAGGAAUCAUGGGAGGAGGUCACUACGUCACCUAUGCCAAAAACCCCAACGAGAAGUGGUACUGUUACAAUGACAGCAGCUGUAAGGAAUCGCAUCCGGACGAAAUCGACACGGACUCUGCCUACAUCCUUUUCUACGAGCAGCAAGGGGUGGAUUAUGGACAGUUUUUGCCCAGGAUCGAUGGCAAGAACAUGGCUGACACCAGCAGCAUGGACGAAGACUUUGAGUCCGAUUACAAAAAGUAUUGUGUCCUGCAAUGAGCAGUGUCUGCCAACAUCGGUCAAAAAAAAGGGUUGCUUCCACCGGUUUGACACACACACACAAAAAGUUUAUUUGUUUUUUUAACCAAGUGGAAGAGCGGAAUGCAGUUUUAACUUUGUUUUUAUUUUCCUCUCCUGGUCAGAAAGCACAACAUGAAGAAAGGUGGCAAGGGAGGUGUGGGGAGAAGAGAAAAAAAUAGCCCUGAUUAAAUGGCAGUUGACACUAUGGGAUGAUAUUGAAUUUGUUCAGAUUUUUCACGUGGCCACCCCCCCUCUCAGCGAAAACACCCUGGUCUUUUGCCUUCCAUCUUUUAAACUGGUUUGGCGCCAGCAAAAUGAGGGCCAAGUCCAUUCACGUCUUGGAUAACUUGCGUAAGAGACUCAUCUGGCUGCUUUUUGUAUCAUCUUAAGGAAGAAAAUAUGGGGUGGUGAUGGGGGAAAUGACCUUUUGAAUGCUCUGCUCUGAUUUUGGAUGAUUAACUUGUAGUGUUGUCUUCGCGACGGCACGAAACGCCUACCUCCUUUCCCCCCCGAUGUUUUGUUCCCUUUCAGCAGCCAGACGAGGAACGCAGGACCAAAAAAAAAAUCCUAGGGGAUUUUAAUUGUUUAAUCCUGCAGGUCCCCGUCUCAGUUGGAGCGUGUGUUUCUCUCUCAUGGCUGUUCCUUUACAUUGCCUUGAGAACAGGACGGCCUUUUCGACUCCGGUCUGCUGCGGUGCUGUCCUGGUAUAUUUCAAAAUGAGCUCUGAAUUUUUAUUUUUAUUUUCUUGAGACCUCUGACCUUUCAGAGCCGAGAUGAGAUGACCUUGGGUCGGUGGAGAGGUUCUGAGGAGAGGAAAUUGGUGGUGGAGAUUCUUCCUUUCAGACCUGACGUUCACAGAGCGGGUUUUACAUAUCUUUUGCUGGCUUGAGGGCACAAGCUGUGUCCCAGAUCCUGCCAACUGCACUUGGUGGGUGUGCAGACAUAUCACCGUCGACCCACCUUAAAAUCUCCCAGAGCCCACUGGCGAGGGGGCAUCAUCUUCGGUGAUUUCCAGAACAGAAUUUCACAGGGGAUUGUGUGAAUCGCCCCUUCUAACCUUCCCCAGCUGCCGAGUCAGAGGGAGUCCUAGUUUACUGUCGGUGCCAAUGGGAGGUGCUUUUUUAAAACUACAAUUCCCCAGACGUCCGCAUCUCGCCUCGCCACUUCCGGAGGCUGUUUCCAGAGGCAGUGUUUGCCAUCUCUGUGCCAAGGUAAAAUUGGAACACAGGGCAGGGCAUCAAGAAAAUUGUGUCAGAUAAAAUGCCGGUGGGGCGGCCUCUCUGAACGGUCAAAAGACGGCUGACAUUAACCGGUUGAAGGAGAAAACUACCCUCCCCAUUUCAGGCCACCUUCCCCUUUAUGUCUGGUUGUGUGGAUUUUGCUUUAGUUUUUUAAAACUGCACUUUU